UUUGGAGCAGAUGGGAAUCGAACCCAGGAUCAUUCGCUUACAAAGCGAACACCGUAACCAGUCAGCUACGGCUGCUCCAUAUUUCCAAUUGGAAGUUUCUCACCCGAAAAGCAGAAUCAUCCGUCAAACCGGCACCGGCACAGUCGCAUUGGACUCGACCAAAACGGUAAGGGCGUUGUAGCUUGAAGAUGUCAACCGCAAUUGAUGACUCCCGUCGGAUGCUACAGGUCAUCAUAAAAUCUGCAAGAACAUCGCAGGAACCCACCACAACCGUACCGAGCUCUAGCACUAUCGUUCAUUCAAAGAACACAACAACACGAAAAUUUUUUCAAAAUUUUCGAACCGCGUAUUCUCGGACACCGGAGUUGACACCCAUUUCAAAACAAAAAAAAAAAACUUCUUCAAGCAGCUUGACAAAAGAUCUGCCAUCGUAAUCCACUUUUGUCGGUUUAUCGCCCGACAACUUGAAAUCUCAGCAGGCGUUGUAAUCACUAUCACCAUCCAGCAAAAGCUGACCAAGUUUCAUCGCCCCAGGCAACGUUCUUCCGUGGACUUCGCUCACUCAGCUUGGACAACUUACUCCACUAUUUAUCUUUUUUAUUUUUUUUCACAAAUUAUCACACAAAUGCACGAAUUUGCUCCCUCUUCUAAAAUUCAAUAAAACACCAAAAGCACACCUCACAGCAGCUACACGCAAAAUUAGUCAUGUCCACGGAACUUGGGCAAUAAGAAACCGGAUUUCCAACCGGAACAGUCCGUAAACGGCAAGACACCGUCAGCACUACAACAAAUCACGCACAAAACGUAAAGACCGACCAAACUAAUUAACUAAAAUUCCAUUAGAAAAAAUAUUUUUCAAAUUCAAAGAAUAAACGAAAAAACGCGGAGCAAAAACAUAAAACGUCACGACGCGCGCACGGCUUACUUCGAUCUCCAUUAGUUGUAUUAGUGUGAGCUGUGUGAAAAUCAAGCAGAUUUGACAUGAAUGCACUGUGACAGUUGCAUGACUCAUGCAAAACGAUGUUUUCAACCAAAAAAUUAUUGUCACUGGAAUUUUCAUGCAAUAUUGUGGUGAAAGGUUUUUUGAGUGUGGUAACAGCUGAUAGAUGCUAAUAAGCAAUACCGUCUUUUAACAUGUUGUUUGUGAUCCUCGUCCAUUCUCUGUUGUGCCGCCAAGCCGGACAGUUCUUUUAUAAUAAAUUAUUGUUUAAUCGUUUACGGCGAGUUUUAUUACGAUGACCAUCUGGUCACGGCCACCUGUCCAACUGCCGUAACAAUGUGCCUUUGGAGCGGAACUGACUGUAUCGGCAGUCCUGUUUGCGACUGUCGUAAUCAGGGAAGCGAUCCGCCAAAUGUUGAUUUUAUGAGAGUGAGCAUUCGGCUUCUUGUGGUGAGAGCGGUGAGAGCUUUCGGCCUCGAGUUUAUUUUGACGUGAAUUUCCUGCGUGAAAAAUGGAAGAGAGUGUGGAAUUCGCUGUCGAAAUCGGGUCGGAUUCGUCGGACGAUUUUACAGAUUAUCAACAGACUCGGUUUAUUUACGAAAAAGAAGACCAGGAAGAAAAUACCGUGGACCAGUUAGGUGUGAAGUUGGAGGAAAAGUCCGGUCAGCAAGGUGACGGUUCAGAUAAUCUUCCGUUGGCGUUUUCCAUCCAAGAACGGCUAUCCACUGUAGCCAAACAGUUCCCCGUUGAAACCUUAACUUUCCUGGAGCAGGAUAUCGCUUCGGAACGCCCGAAUCGCCACCCGCUGGCGGCGAACAUCAGCGACGGCGGCCCGUCGUUUGUGAGCCGGAUCCCGGCGGCGCAGAAGUCGGACGAGGGCAAAACUGCGAUACAGUACCAAGUUUCUCAAGCUGGCCACCACGCAAAAAGCUCGAAUCUCCAGGAGCAGAACAUCGCUUCGGAACGCUCGAAUCGCUACCCGCUGGCGGCGGACAUCAGCGACGGAGACCUGUCGUUUGUGAACCGGAUUACAAACCAGAUCCCGGCGGCGCAGAAUUCGGACGAGGGCAAAACUGCGAUACAGUACCAAGAAGAACAUCCUGCCCGUAGUCUCGAUUCGCCAUCCGCUGGCGCAGAUCAACAACGGAGGACCAAAAUUCAUCAGAAGUCUAACCAGUUCCCGACGACGCAGACGUCGGACGAAGGCAAAACUUCCAAACGGUACCAAGUUGCUCCAGUUGGUGCUUCGGGAGGCUCGGAUCGUCACAAGCUGGCGACGGACAUCAGCGAUGGAGGCCUGUCGUUUGUGAGUCGGAUUACGAACCAGAUCCCAGCGGCGCAGACAUCGGACGAGUGCAAAACUGCGAAACAGUACCAAGUUGCUCCGGCUGGCCACACAGCGGAAAACUCGACUCUCCAGGAGCACUGCUUUUCCGAAGAGUACCGUUCGCAGGCUGGUAUCACCAUCGAGGAACUGCAAAUCGUGACUUAUCGUGAGAGAAAUCAGUACGAGGUUGUGCAGUCUCCAGCUGGGGACCAAACUGUUUUUCUGAUUUAUAAUCAGGAUGCGACAGCCAGCCACGGAGACACGGAGAACUUGAUCUUUCAAUACCGAGACGACCUUUCCAAAGUCUCAAAUAACAUUCCGCUGUUGGAUAUCACCGCUGGAGGAUCAAACUUGGCUGGGAGUCCGCCUGCACCGAUUGGAUCUGCUGUUUCUUCUAGCGGUGUGAGGACGAUCUUUUCUCCAAACGUACUAUUAAACCUGCUAAACUCGACGAUUACUGGAAGAGCAAUCAUUGAAAGUGCUGCCUUGGGUAAGCUGUCUGAGUCGAAUCAAACUGAACUGGAUCUUCUGGACCUAUCUUCAACAUGAUGAACUUUAGAAAUGAGGCUAAACACAAAAGAUUUAAAGUUUACAGACACGUUAUGAGUUGCAGAAGAAACAUUUAUUACACACUUUGUGUUAAAGCUUAUCUACAGUUCACAAACUCUUUUCUUAAUCAAUCGUUUUUUGUAACAGACGAUAUAGAAAUCUUUAAACUGGUAAAUUUAAGAUUAAGAAAUUAUUUUGGCAUUUUAAGCCAACCGUUGAUCAUCGAAUCGGACUUUAACGUCAUGGUAGCAAACAAAAUAGUUUAUAAAGGGACAACUUAUAAAUCGAACACUUUUUUAACCGUGUUCAUUGAAAGCAGAUUGUUGCUUUUCGAAAUUAUCGACAUUAUUUCUUUCAACGCAAAAUUUUAUUUUGUAGUUCAAUACUGGGAAGUUUCUUCUUAUAAUGAGCACUACAUGGCAUACGAAACGAGCGGAAGCCUUCCGAUUGUCGAUAUAAUCUCCGUUGAUUUUUUUACAAGGCCACCCAUCGUGAUAUUUUGUAUUAAUAAUAAGUUUCUAUUCAGGGUUAAGAAAAGUUUUAGCUAGGCUCAACUCAUGUAUUAUUGUUUAAAUAAAUGUAUUUGAAGUACUGUAAAAGUCGUUUAAUUAAGGUAAACAAUCAGAGUUGAAUUGUAAAAGUCCAGUUUUCGUCAUCACAAAAAUCCGCUUCAC